AUGGCGGACAAGGAAAAAACUGGAUCAGAAUUAGCCGCCCAACGUGUCAGGCAGCGAAAGUUGCGCGAAAAGAAACAACGCGAAAUCCUCCUCCAGCAGCAGAAUAAAGCUGAUACUGAUGAUAAGAAAUUGAUCGGGCAGCUGAAGGCGGCGCAAUCGCAGAAUAGAACUGUUGAACUCAGAAAUAAGGUGAACACGGCUAUUUCGGAGGGGUUGAUCGAGUCGAUCGAAAAUCAGACUUCUGCGCGAGCUGCUUUGCGACUGGAAGCUUUGCUCAUCGACCCUGUCAAGGAACACAACUACCGGACGAAGGCGAUGAGAGAGUUGAAGAGCAUCAUGACAUCGUAUGAACAGUACAAGUGUCACAGGAUCAUGUCUGAUGAUCACUGGGGCGAAAGAAACCUGUAG